GAGAAAGAAAACGGACGACGUCAGGAUGAGGGGAAAAUUCUGGACCCUGCCGCUGCACACAGUGAUGGUGGCCAUCUUCAGCGCCCCAUUCGUCUCUGGUGAAUGCGAAUGUGGGGGACCGACAAUGUCUGAACCGUCAGCGGAAAUGAUCGAUGUGCUGUCUUGUGGCGCGACUACGGAGGGGCAAACGACUUGCACCGAUCUCGGCGAAAUUGCCUGCUUAUGCGACUACGAAAUUUCGAUUGACGUGGACGUUCGAGACUUCCUUGCCGGCGCGGCAGAAGAGCCUACAGUAACGUGGUGGUGUAAUCACGAUGGCGGAGAAGGCACCUGCGAAAGUGGGACGCUGGCACCUACCCCAGCCCCUACCACGCCGGCCCCGACCACUCCGGCCCCUACCACGCCGGCCCCUACCACGCCGGCCCCUACCACGCCGGUCCCUACAGUGGUGGAUCCUACCACGUCCCCCCCUGCCACGCCGGCCCCUACCACGCCGGCCCCUACCACGCCGGUCCCUACCAUGGCCCCUGCCACACCGGCCCCUACACUUGGAGAGUUCAUGUGCGAAGGCGGAAUUGCUGGCAUUCAAGCGAGCGAUGUGUGCUGCUCCGUCAGCUGCGGGUCCUGCGGAGGUUCCGGGUGCUCCGGCAGGGACGGUGGCUCAGACGCCUGCUGCGGUGGCGGAGUCAGGGCCUCGGGCCGCUUCUGUUCCAUAACGGAAGAGGCGCCUUGCAUGACCGGCCCGGCCCCUACUCCGGAACCUACGCCGGCCCCUACGCCGCCUCCUACUGUUGAAGUUCCGAUGUGCGACGGUGAAAUCGUUGGCAUCCAAGCGAGCGAUGUGUGUUGCUCCGCCAGCUGCGGGUCCUGCGGAGGUUCCGGGUGCUCCGGCAGGGACGGUGGCUCAGACGCCUGCUGCGGUGGCGGAGUCAGGGCCUCGGGCCGCUUCUGUUCUGUAACGGGAGAGGCGCCUUGCAUGACCGGCCCGGCCCCUACUACGGAACCUACGCCGGCCCCCACGCCGCCUCCUACAGUUGAAGUUCCGAUGUGCGACGGUGGAAUCGUCGGUAUCCAAGCGAGCGAUGUGUGUUGCUCCGCCAGCUGCGGGUCCUGCGGAGGCACCGGGUGCACUGGCAGGGAUGGUGGCCCAGACGCCUGCUGCGGUGGCGGAGUGAGGGCCUCGGGCCUCCUCUGUUCUGUAACGGGAGAGGCGCCUUGCUUACUGUAACAUCACGUCGUUCAUCCAUCGCGACGUCCCUUUGAUGCGCGACUUGCCCUCACUCAUUUAAUGUUCGAAACAGUCAUACGCGGUUAGGUUUCAAGGUUGGGGAAGCACGUUGGGACACCCCAACCAUUCUUUGGAUGGAAAAGUCUCGACCUUCCCCCGGCGUAGCGAAAAGCAGCAAGGUUGCGCAACCGUUUCGGAACUUGUGGACAUUUCAUCGGGCGGUUAUCGAGGAGGUUGUUGAUGUUGGUUAAAAGUAAACAUUUAUUUGUAGGGCUGCGCAUGACAUGUCGCAGCGUUUCGGCGAUAAAAGACUGCAGUUGUGCAGGCGUAUGUUUUGCCUUUAAUGCUCGGGUCGAAAAGGA